AUGGCGCCCAAGGCAGCAGAGCGUCGCCAGAGGGAGUUAGCUGCACAAAAAGCUCGCGCUGAAGCUUUAAAACAUCUUGCCAUUACUGGAAGUGGUCCCAGUCAGCGUGAACUGCUGAAGCAGCAGCAGCUCCGACAAAAGCAGACCGCAAAUACUAGGUCUUGCUUAGCUCAGCGUCGCGUGCUGGGCGCGCAAUCUCAGGAGCCGUCAGCUACCGACAAAUUCGAUCCCCGACUUAGAGACAAUACGCUGCAUGUGUUGGCAUUGAGACGUGCUCGAGAUUUGCAACAGACGCAGCACGUUGAUCAAAGAACGGAGGUUUACCAUUUAGAGGUUAAGGCCCCAGAAAAUCAAUACAGUACGCCGCCUAUGGAGUGGGAGAAGGUUGAAAAUUUGGCUUCAGGAAAUUUGUAUCAUUGGAAUGAGAGAACUAACGAGACGUUGUGGGAGCAACCCGGAAACUCAGAAGUACAAACAAAGGAAUUGGCCGAUGGAUGGGAAGCUUUGCCUGAUGUAACCAGCGGAGAUAUUUACUACUGGAAUCAGAAGACGAAUGAAACGACGUGGAUACGGCCUGUUGCUUCAUCGGUUGCACGUGUGUCUCUGGCACAAGCUAUAGAAGCGAAAGCAAAACUCGACAACAUUUUAAAAGGCUCUAAAAACAUCGGUGAGAAUAUAAGCGCGAACGACCAACUUAAAUUGCAAAAUAUCAACAAACGGGAAGUGGAAGAUAAUUACAGUGAAGCAGACUCUAUCUAUACGUAUGGACAUGGACAGAAGAGGCGCAAGUGUCUUUUAAUGAAGCUACACAUUCUCCUGGACAACGAAUUGGAGACAGAUGCACUAAUGUGGCUCGAAGACGGCUUGCAUUUUAUCGUUCAGCAGAAAAAAGAGAUUAAGCUGGCACAGCUUCUUGGGCUUCGAGUGUGCUCGCUUCACCAGGUGCUAGAAGCGCUUAACUUUGAUUACGCAGAGGAGGAUCAUGAAAGUUACACUGUUUAUCGUCAUCAAUACUUUCUUCGCGGAAAUUCGAACGAAAUUGAUCAGAUCAUCCCCGCAGAAAAAUACCUUGCGAUGCCAAAUAUUGCCUACAGUUCAGAGCUUAAACCGCUGGAGGUUCGACUAAGCCUUGCCGACUCCAGGGUGCAGUCGUGUGAGGUCACCAUCGCGCCAAGCCACCAGCUCAACAAAACAAUCGAGUUAAGGGAUGCUUCUUAUUAUCAAGAGGUUGCUGGCUUCAAUGUCAGCAUGAAAGAAAACUCGUGGGGUGAUAAAGUCGAUUUUUUGGAUGAAUGGAGCAACCAUGACAUGAACUCGCCACUGUGGUGGUCUCAGCGCAGCGAUUUUUCCACUAUCUGUACAGAUGAACUUUCAGAAAUGGACACGCUCUCUCAGAUUAGUGCCUACUAUGAGUAG